AUGGUUAUGAAACGAACAUUUAUUCAACGUCCUCAAGAAUUUCAUAUUAUUUGUGGACCAUUUCUUGAAUUCGCUCUUGAAAGUGGCAUUGCAUCCUCUUUCGAACCUUUUGAUCCUAGCUUAUAUAUACCAAAGGUUUUAUCUAUAUUUGACGAAAUUUGGAAAACUCAUUAUGAUGAAUCCUUUAAUAAAUCAAAACGAGUAUUUUGUAAGGAACAUUCAAUUUGGUUUCUAAAGUUUACAUCAGGAACUACCAUUUUAUCAAGUUCACGCUUUUUAGAGAUGGCACACACAUUUUUAACCCGAAAUCCUGAAAAGUCUGUAAAAUCUUUAUAUAAAGUCGGUCAAUCCAUAUCUAAAGCAAAUACUGAAUUUUAUGCCCAAGGCUUCGAUAAAAAUUCAGUAGUAUUGAAAGAAUCCAAAUAA